GAUCAUAAUUAUUUAUGAUAGAGUAACAGCUGAUGUAAAAAAAUUAAGAAUGUAUUAUGGGAAAGUAAAAUUUUCAGAGUGUAUCCCCAAACAAGUCCGUGUUGCGCACGAUGAGUAAUGUUCACUUGAAAGUUAUUCAUAUCGAUUGAUUUGUCUCCACUAGUAAUUUGGUUUCGUCGCUGCCGAAGUCUGCUCGCAGACUAUUGCGACGGGGCCGUUUUCUGAAGUUGGAUAAAUUUUUAUUUUGUGUUGUGCCGCAAGAAACCGUGAAAGAUGGGGUCGUUGUUUAGAAGUGAAGAAAUGACAUUAUGUCAACUUUUCCUGCAGAGCGAGGCCGCGUAUGCAUGCGUGUCUGAACUCGGGGAGCUGGGGCUUGUGCAGUUCCGAGAUUUAAACCCAGAUGUGAACGCUUUCCAACGCAAAUUCGUCAAUGAAGUACGUCGUUGCGAUGAGAUGGAGCGAAAGCUCCGUUACUUGGAGAAGGAGAUUCGUCGUGACGGGAUCCCCAUGCUCGAGAUCCCGGGCGAAUGCCCUGAGGCUCCACAGCCGAGGGAGAUGAUCGAUCUUGAGGCUACCUUCGAAAAGUUGGAGAAUGAACUCCGUGAGGUCAACCAGAACGCUGAAGCUCUGAAGAGAAACUACCUUGAGCUCACAGAACUCAAGCACAUACUUAGAAAAACGCAAGUUUUCUUUGACGAGCACGAGGGUGGUGCCAAUACCACUGAGUCGAUGACGCGCGCCCUCAUAUCCGACGACCCGAACCGACAUAUCGGCCACGUCCAACUAGGUUUCGUGGCUGGAGUUAUCCUUCGUGAGCGCAUACCUGCUUUUGAGCGCAUGUUAUGGCGCGCCUGCAGAGGCAAUGUGUUCCUCCGACAGGCCGAAAUCGACACACCCUUGGAAGAUCCCUCUUCUUCGGACCAGGUGUACAAGUCUGUGUUCAUCAUCUUCUUCCAAGGAGACCAGCUGAAGACCCGUGUAAAGAAGAUCUGCGAAGGUUUCCGUGCGACCCUGUACCCUUGCCCCGAGGCACCCGCUGACAGAAGGGAGAUGGCCAUGGGAGUCAUGACCAGGAUCGAGGAUUUGAACACGGUUUUAGGUCAGACACAAGACCACCGUCACCGCGUACUGGUGGCUGCUGCCAAGAACAUAAAGAACUGGUUCGUGAAGGUGCGCAAGAUCAAGGCCAUCUACCAUACCCUGAACUUGUUCAAUUUGGACGUCACGCAGAAAUGCCUCAUCGCUGAAUGCUGGGUGCCAGCUCUCGACCUCGAAACUAUUCAACUGGCUCUCAGGAGAGGAACGGAGCGCAGUGGCAGUUCUGUGCCUCCGAUCCUGAACCGCAUGGAGACGCUGGAGGACCCGCCCACCUACAACCGCACCAACAAGUUCACCUCGGCCUUCCAAAACCUCAUCUACGCGUACGGUGUCGCCACCUAUCGGGAGGUCAACCCUGCUCCGUACACAAUCAUCACCUUCCCGUUCCUGUUCGCCGUGAUGUUCGGAGACCUCGGUCACGGCGCGUUGAUGGCCAUCUUCGGAUUCUGGAUGUGCUACAAGGAGAAACCACUGCAGGCCAAGAAAAUUGACAGCGAGAUCUGGAACAUAUUCUUCGGCGGUCGCUACAUCAUAUUACUCAUGGGUCUGUUCUCGAUGUACACUGGCUUAAUCUACAACGACAUCUUCUCUAAAAGUCUGAAUAUCUUCGGCUCGUCGUGGAGGAACAAUUACAACGAGUCCACGCUCGCCAGCAACAAACUGCUGCAGCUGAACCCUGACUCAGAAGAUUAUAUUCAAACUCCUUAUCCGUUUGGUAUCGAUCCUGUUUGGCAGCUGGCUGAGGCAAACAAGAUUAUCUUCAUGAACGCAUACAAGAUGAAGAUCUCGAUCAUCAUUGGAGUGUUCCACAUGUUGUUUGGUGUUUGCAUGUCGCUGUGGAAUCAUCUGUACUUCAAGCGUCGUAUCAGCGUGUACGUGGAGUUCAUCCCUCAGAUCCUGUUCCUCACGCUACUCUUCUUCUACAUGGUGCUGCUCAUGUUCAUCAAGUGGACCACGUACGGAUCCACGCCUCCAUUCUACGGCAGUGACGACCCUGAGAUCGUGAAGACCAGUGCGUACUGCGCGCCGUCUAUCCUGAUUACGUUCAUCAACAUGAUGUUGUUCAAGCACGACGCCAACACUCGCCCAGUAUGCGACGACACCAUGUACGCUGGACAAAUGGGCAUACAGAAGUUCUUCGUGAUCAUGGCUCUGCUGUGUGUACCCGUCAUGUUGUUCGGCAAGCCUUACUUCAUCAUGAAGGAACAGAAGCAGAGGGCUCGCCAAGGUCACCAGCCGGUAGAGGGCGCCGCCGAGAACGGUAACGCAGGCGGGGCCGCCGCGCCCGCCGCCCACCAUCACGACGAGGAUAUCACUGAGGUCUUCAUUCACCAGGGUAUCCACACGAUCGAGUACGUGUUGGGCAGCGUGUCCCACACGGCGUCGUACCUCCGGCUGUGGGCGCUCUCCCUCGCACACGCGCAGCUCGCUGAGGUCGCAUGGAACAUGCUGCUACGGAAAGGUCUGAUGUCGACGGACUACCAGGGCGGCAUCUUCCUGUACAUCGUGUUCGCGGGCUGGGCCGCCAUCUCCGUCUCCAUCCUCGUACUCAUGGAGGGACUCUCCGCCUUCCUGCAUACUCUGCGUCUGCACUGGGUGGAGUUCCAAAGUAAAUUCUACCAGGGCGAGGGCUACCUCUUCCAGCCGUUCUCCUUCGAGGUGAUCCUCGACUCGGCGGGACAGACUGAAGAGUAAACACGACACAUUUCCAACAUAUACAUACAUUACAAUAUACUAAUUCAUCAGAACCAUUGCAAAAGGCAAAAAAAUAAAAAAUAAAUACAAUAUAAAAGACAG